AAAGCAGCACAGGCAGACGCCAUAUUGGCAAAACCAAAAUGGCUGCUUGUAGGCUCGCUCAGCAGUUGUAACAGUUACAACAUCACUCGGUUUUCUUCUGCUUUUCCUGAUUUAUACCGAAAAAAAUAAUAACCUGACAGUCCAGACUUCGCACGGAAACGACAAGCAGGUCUUGGUGUUUAGAAUCGAAGAAAACCACUGAGUGAAAAUGAUCAAGUUUUUUUUGAUGGUGAACAAGCAAGGUCAAACCAGGCUGUCUAAAUAUUUUGAACAUGUGGAGAUCCAUAAAAGGACUUCUUUAGAAGCAGAUGUAAUUAAAAGCUGCCUCUCCCGGACAAAGGACGAGUGUUCCUUCGUUGAGUAUAAAGAUUUCAAGCUGGUCUAUCGACAGUAUGCAGCACUUUUUAUUGUGAUUGGAGUGGACGAAGCAGAGAAUGAGCUGGCAGUGUAUGAACUGGUACAUAAUUUUGUGGAAGUUCUGGACAAGUAUUUCAGCAGAGUGAGCGAGUUGGAUAUAAUGUUCAACCUGGACAAAGUGCACAUUAUUUUGGAUGAGAUGAUUUUAAAUGGCUGCAUUGUGGAGACAAACAAAAGCAGAAUACUGGCCCCUCUGCUGGUCCUUGAUAAAAUGGCAGAAAGCUGAGCUAGACAUUCCUUCCUGAAGACAAUUUUUAAGACUUUUAAAAGUGAUCAUGGGUGACUAAUACUAAAAAUACCUCCCAGAGAUUGUGUUUUCGUAGCAUCUUAUUAGAAUAUUUGUCAACAUUGAAGGAGACACAGGAACCAAAAGAAGAACGGAGCCUAGCAUGUGGAUAACAAAGCUUAUGCAUAUCAAGAUAACAAAGCUUAUGCAUAUUAAGACAACUGUAUUGAAAAAGAUCACUUUUGCCUUCUGAAUAAAGUGUGUUACAUACUUGUGGUAGAAAAUAUCCAUUUGUAUUGUGUGAAUAUGAGCUUAUCUGGUUUAGACUAUCAAAUGUUCAUAUAGUAAGAUAUUUAUGAAAUAGUUUGCUAUUUAAAAAUUACAAAAAUAAAAACAA